AUGAACCGAACCGCGCGGAGAGUGCUUGUGGCGUCCUUGGCCUUUUUGGCCUUGCCGGCAGCGCACGCCAGCCAAGGCACAUGCCAGUGCGAUGGCAUCGCCGACUGGGACGACCCCAGCUUUGGCAGGUGCGACUGGUGGGGCGAUGUCCACAUCACCAAGAGUUGGAAUUCCCCCGACGUCUUUGACUUCCAGUCUCUUGGCGUCUACUCCUAUGCUUCGACCACAAAGUGCGGAGGAGACUUUGAAAUGCAGAUCUUCCAGUGCCCCUACAGCAAGAACGGGAAUGCGGUGGCCAUCGGCGUCGCGGUGAAGCUGAACGACGGGGACGUGGUGAUCGUUGCCAACGACACGGUGACCAACCCAAACGAUGCCGACGUGUCGACGGAGAAGAUCGAGAACCUGAAGAAAGGUGUCAACAUCCUCAGCGACGACAAGUGCAUUCGUCUCAACGUGAACACGAAGCUCAUCCGCAGGGCCCCAGGUCUGUUGCACAACGGAAACCUCCGAAUCAUCAACGAGGCUCUGACCAACGAGGGCAUCUGCGGUGCUCCGUCGUUCGGCGGUUCCUAUGUGUCCCCUGACAGCCCGGACAUGCUCUUCCCCGACGAAGUUUUUGAAGACAUGUGCGGCUACUGCAAGUCUCAGACCGGCGUCUCCGUUCCAGGCUGCGGUGCUCCGGACGAUGGUGACGACGAGCCAGAGAUCUCGCCGGGUUGCGAGUUCAUGCAGCUGAGGCCCAAGGGCAGAAAGGUCGUGGAUUGCGCUGGCGACCAGGACGCCGUGAUCGAGGAGGCCAAGGCGGACGGUGAGAACUGUGUGGCCUACGUGGGCUUGGGAAAGUCCUUCUCGUGCUCCGAUUUCUGCGCCGAAAAGGGCUCCACUUGCGAGAUGGCCAUUGACCAGCCGAACGGCCAGCAGUGCGUGGCCUCCGUGUCCAGCCUUGAUCAGAUUGACACGAACACGGUGAAUUGCGACUCCAAGCAGUUCCGGGAUCUGCUCUGUGUUUGCAAGAAGCCGGACAACCCAGCCCCAGGGCCCACCCCUGAGGAGGCGUGCGCAGCCACGAUGGAUGGCUUCACUCUGACGGAUGCUGCGAAGCUGUGCCGCGAGAAGGCGGACUGGCUGCAGGGCGUGCCUUACCCGCCCACUGGAGCAUCCGGCGCUGCCGGCGAGAAAGAGGCCUUCUUGCGCGCUUGCAUCCUGGAUGUUUGCUCCGCAGAGCCGGAGGAUCGCGAAGAUGUGGCGGAGAAUGCUGGCGACCAGGAUCCCAGUGAUCCUCCGGUGCCGCCAUCAACGACGACCACGACCACGACGACCAGCACUACUACGACCAGCGCUGCCACGACCACUACCACCACGACUCCAGCAGUUGUCGGGGAUGAGUUGUAUGUCUUCGGAUUCACUCCCUACGUCGGCGCCUCAUCGCCUUACACGCCGGAGGGCGUUGUCGAAGUAGAGUCCCUCCCCGACGGCAACACCCGCCUUUCCUGGAGCCUCACCGGCCUCGACCCGGGCUGCAGCAGGACUUGCAAGAACGACAACUGCUGCGGGGUCGUCAUCUACGAAGGCACGAGCUGCGAGGAGCCUGCAGGCUCUACCCUUUGGGAUGGCGGGGUAUCGGUGAGGUACACCUCCAGCCCAUCGAACGUGCUGUCCAAGGAAGUGAAAACGGGCCUCGGAAAUGACGACGUGUUGGGCCGCACUGUAGUGAUCCAUGACAAGAAAGGCAGAAAAAUUGCCUGUGGCAUCAUCGAGCCGUCCACCACCACGGUCUUCGAAAAGUACCCCAAAUACGGCGGUGACCUCCCAUUGACAUCCGGUGGUGUCCAGGUCGAGUCGGAUGAUGGAACGCAGAUGCUCAGCUGGCUGUUCACUCAAGGCCUCGACCCCCGGUGCGAUAAGACCACCUGCACGGCGGCCAACUGCUGUGGUGUCCACAUCCACGAGGGCACGACCUGCUCGAAUGCUGCCUCCGUCGGCGGCCAUUACUGGAACACGGACCUCUACCCAGAAGACCCCUGGAUGGGCGUCCGCUAUGUGAUUCAGGGCUCCAUGCCGUCGGCGGUGAACGACCUGAGCGUCACCACGGGCUACAACGCCGAGGACAUCGACGGCCGGGCCGUGGUGGUCCACGACUACGACGGUGUUCGGAUUGGUUGCGCAAUCAUCGAGAUGCCAGAAGAGGAGCCAGAGCCCGUGGACGGUGAUGACUUGUACGUCUUCGACUUGAGCCCUUAUGUCGGUUCCUCGUCGCCUUACCAGCCACAGGGAGUCAUCGAGGUGAAGUCCACGGACGACAGCACGACAGUGCUCUCCUGGAGUUUGACUGGCCUCGACCCCGGUUGCAGCGGCACGUGCACCGAAACUAAUUGCUGCGGCAUCCACGUUCAUGAAGGCAUGAGCUGCGCCGAAAGUGCUGGCGCGCACUACUGGGACGGUGAUGGAGAGGACCCUUGGCUGUCCGUCAAGUACGACUCCAGCACGGACCCUGCAAACGUCCUCUUCGUGGAGGUCGACACGGGGCUCGGCCGCAGCGAUCUCCUCGGCCGUGCGGUGGUGAUCCACGACAAGACGGGCGCUCGCAUCGCCUGCGGCAUCAUCGAGGAGUCCACGACGACCGUCUUCGAGGAGUACCCGAGCUACGGGGGUGACUUGCCUUUGACUUCCGGUGGUGUGAAGGUGGAGUCGGAUGACGAGACGCAGACGCUUAGUUGGCUCUUCACAGAAGGCCUCGACCCCCGGUGCGAUAAGACCACGUGCUCUGCGGCCAACUGCUGUGGUGUCCACAUCCACGAAGGCAUGACCUGCUCCGAUGCUGAUGCUAUUGGUGGCCACUUCUGGAACAAGGACCUCUACACGGAGGAUCCCUGGAUGGACAUCCGCUAUGUGAUCGAGGGUUCCAUGCCGUCGAAGGUGAACGACCUGAGCGUCACAACCGGCUUCCCUGCCGAGAAGAUCAACGGCCGGGCCGUGGUGGUCCACGACUACGACGGUGUUCGGAUUGGUUGUGCCACCAUCAAGAUCUGCGUGGACAGCACGAGCACUGUGCAGGGAGCCAUUGAGAAGCUGGAGGAUGCCGUGGAUCAGAUCAAGGAUGCUUUGUCUGACUUGAGCGCAAUGGUGAACAGCAGCAGUGGCAAAGGGGGCCAUUCCGGCUACCACUCCUAUGGCGCUUAUGGCACGGACCAGGCGGACGAUGGAAAGUACAAGUGCAGCCACAUCUGCGGCGACAUCUGCGGGACGCAGCACCCGCAGCCAGCUCACUGCCAGUCUCAGUGCAAGCAGAGGCAGAACGCCAUCCUCGACAUCGUCCAGGUCUACUGCAUCCAAGGUCUGUGCCCAAGUCUCCUUGAGACGAACGAGGAAGUCGGCCUGUUGCAGAGGCGAACAGAGCGAGAAGAGCAAGGACUGGAGGCAGAGGCGGGAGGGCGUUGCCGCGAGAUCCCCAAGUACUGCCAGCUCUUCUGCAAGCGCGGCUUCUUGCUCCCAGUUGGCGAUGGGUACGACGAAAUCAGGAAGUGCAGGGAGGAAUGCGAGACGAAUUUUUCGGCCUUCCAGGUGCCUCUACAGAAGUACGUGGAGGCAGGCUGCUGCGCUGCAUGA